GACGAACACCGGCAUCAUCACAACUUGUACAUCUUCCACAAUCACUCACUACUUGGCAAACCGCACAUCAAAGUCUCUUAUAUACCUACAACAGCCACCAUGGUCGCCAUCUCUCGCGCAGUCCUCUUCGGCAUGAUCGCCAGUUUCAGUGCCCUCGUGAGCGCAGACAACUGCAAGCCUCGUCUGUUUUACUGCGGAACAACCCUUUUGCGUAAAGGCAACUAUUACGACCAAAUCGAGGGGGCCCUGAAGGCUAGUGGGCAGUCGACCAAUGAUGCGCACAUUCACAAUGGCUUGUUCUAUUGUACUGGAGGACCGAAUGGCGAGAUUACCUUCCAGGCCUUUUGUGGUAAUGGGUGUGUGGAUGGUGGGAAUGGGAAGAGUGAUCAUUGCUAGUCGCUGCUCGUGAGAUGGAAAGGUUCCAUCGGAUAUUGAUCGGAAACGGACAGGUUGUGUCUUGAGAUUGAUCGGAUUUGGAUGUAGGCGAAAUGAUGAACGUGGUUGGAGUAUCCUUCCUUGGUGCAGUGGGAUAGGAAUGUGAAUGUUGGUUCAAGGUGUAAAUUUUAGUUAUGGUUCCCCGCCAUGACCCAAGGAUCUGGAUGGGUGGUGAUCUACCGUGGCUAUGUGAGUCUGGGUUGGUUUGAAUAAAACUUAUGAGAUAUAAAAAACCGCGACAAGUGAUGAGGUUUCUAGCCUGGAUACUCAGCAGGGAUAAUUGGAUGGCGGAUGUGAACAAGCCAAGGACAGCAAUAUGUAUCUUGUAUGCUGGAGG